CAAAAAAUUGUGAAAUAUUUUAUUUGGGAUGGUGAUGGAAGCCGCGCCGACUUAAAAAUGAAAAUGAACCAAUUCUAAUUUUAUUUUUUCUCUCUAAUUAUUUUAUUCUUUACUCAUUAUUUUUCGAGGGAAUGAACCAAUGGCAAUUAGUAGCAAACAAAUCACACCUCCAAUUACCAUAUUCCACAUUUCCACAUACCCCCAAAUUUUUUAUUUUUAUUUUAUUAAAAUGGGGGCAAAACCCCUAAAAAAAUAAAAAUUUAAAAUAAAUAAUUUUGAAUUCUUAAAUUAUAAUUCCUCCUAUUUAAUCCACAAAGAUCCUCCAUCCACUACCCCUCUCCUUCCCAAAAAAACAUCAACUUUCUCUCUCAUCUUCCAAAAAUGGAGAAAGAGAACAAAUUCAAGCUAAAAAUCCCUAGAAUCUUUACUUCUUCAUGCAAAACCCAAGAUCUUUCUGAAGUAAUUGAUCAUAAAGUUCCUAUCUUUACCCCUGAAAACACCAUUUUUCUUCAAACUCCAUUAAUGGAGGUUCCUCAAGAAGAUGAAGAUGAUGAUUAUCCUUUCCAUUCCCCUGUAAUUAAAUCCAAACAAACACAUUCAUCAUCUUCCUCAAUGAUGUAUUGUAAGCCUAGAUGCCCUGAAACUUUUGAUCAGAUGGUUCGAGAGAAUUGUAUCAUUGCCGGAAACCCUUUACCUCGCCGGAAAAUAGCCGGAAAAUACUCACUUUUAUCGCCGGCUGUGGAAUAUUCCGGUGGCCGGCGUUGUCCUCCAGCAUCCCCUGCUUCUCCCCUGUUUUCACAAAAACAGGGGAAAAGAAAGAAAAACAAGAAGAAAAACAAGGGAUUUUAUAAAAAUGAAAAUACCCUUUUGAAGAAAAAAGAAAACCCAGAUAAAAUAUAUUACUCUUCUUCAAAUGAGACAGACAUUGGUGAUUGGUUCAGCAGUGAUGAUGAAAGAGAAGAAGAUGAAACAGAGACUUUAUUUUCUUUAAAGUCUGUAUCUUUUUCAUCUAAAUCAAUUUCUCUAUCUUCUGAUUCUGAUAAUCCAAUGAACAAGUCUAGUCGAAGUCGAAUUAGGGCUCGGCCUCGAACACGAAGGCGAAAGCCGGGUUCGAGGCUGAGGAAAGAAAGUGGAGCAAUGGUGAAGGAGGAGGAAGGAGAGGAGGUUGGAGUGGUCCCAUUGGAAGGGAAAGUGAAGGAUACAUUUGCGGUGGUGAAGAGUUCAAGUGAUCCUUACAAUGAUUUUAGAACAUCAAUGGUGGAAAUGAUAAUUGAGAAGCAAAUAUUUGGAGCUAAAGAAUUGGAGCAACUUUUGCAUUGCUUUUUAUCUCUUAAUUCUCCUCAUCAUCAUAGGGUUAUUGUUGAAGUUUUUACUGAAAUUUGGGAAGCUCUUUUUUCUUAUUGCUCUUAACUAUUUAUUCCCAUUUAAAAAAAAAAAAAUCAAAAGAAGUUUUAAUUUUAUUGUUAGGAUGUUAAAAGGGUGAGAUUUAGUAGUGAUUAGUGUUGUAUUGUACUUGUACUAACUAUUAUUAUUAUGAUGAUGAUUAUUGACUGUAAUCAAUGAGCUUUUUUUUUUGGUUCAUUUGUGUGAUCUUAUUUGCAUAUUCUUACAAUAUUUUUUUUGUCUUUCUAUUUAAUUUAAUUUUUAUCUCUUUGGAUUUUCUGUCUUGUUGCUGUUUGAUGGUUUGUUUGGUUGUGAGAGAUAAAAAAAAAAUAGUGUUCAAAAGGAAGGAGGGAAAUGUAGGGGUGAAGAAUUGAUUUGGAAAAGAUUAAACGAACAUGACUUUGGAUGUUUCCUUAACUUUUGACAUAUUUGCAAUUACUAUCCAUAUUUUUAGAUUAUGGGACAUCUUUUGAACUUAAAAAGUGUGAUAGUUUUCAUUGAAAAGGAAACUUGUUUUAAGCAUGAAAAGUUGGGAAUCAACUUCUCUUUUGACAAUAACA